CGGAGGGAUCAACCGCCGGACCUGGUAAACAAACGGUCGCAUGAUGUAUAGAUGUGAAUCGUGCGUUGUCAGAAAGCUGAUGAAAAAGCUAAAUGUAAGAGGCAGGGACUGGCAGGAAGACAUUCGAGUAGAAAGCAGGUGGGCCAGAGAUGGGAAACGACACCGCACUGCUCCAAAUCCAUCCGCUUGAGCAAAGGAUAGCCAGUCAGCCAAAAUAUCCUCGGGGAGAAAACGGCAUUUUUCCCAACGUCGUAACUCCGCGGUAACUCAGCGAUAACACGGUAACUCGCAUCGUUUCCACUCCUAAACAAGAGUGCCUACGUAGGUUUGUCGGUGCGACCAGCUACAUUAUUUUUGUCUCAUCACUUUGGAUCCUGCAAGUAUGUCCUUCACAAUGGAGGAUAAUUUGGAGUCGGGGUGGGUAGCCGUUCGCCCGAAUGCGUUUGAAGAAAAGGAAAAACACAAAUUCGUUUUUAUCGUCGCCUGGAAUGAAGUGGAGGGCAAAUUUGCCAUUACGUGUCAUAACAGGACGGUGCAGAGGAGAAGCUUUGGAAGGGACCCUUUGGCGGAGACGACGACGGUGACCCAAGAGGAGGAUAAAACAAAAUGGCCCAAAAGUCCCGUCAAAGAUAAUGCAACCAGCAGGAGCCCUAGCAAAGGAGUGAUGGGAGCUGCAGCUAAAGGCUUCAGCCCCAAAACGAAGUCUCCAUCAGCGACAGCGACGAAAUCAAGCCCUGUGAAAACCCCAGCUGUUAGCAAAGCCCCAGCAUCCCCGGUCAGCCCUGACAGUGAGGUGCUGGACUCAUUGAAAGACGAGCCCGCCUCCUCCACAGUGGACACCGUGGACCUGGAGGAGCUGGACAGUCUGAGCAGAGAGGACUGCAGCUGGGCCGGGCUCUUCUCCUUCCAGGACCUCCGGACUGUCCACCUGCAGCUGUGCUCUGUCAACUCGGACCUGGAGCCCUGCCUCCCGGUCUUCCCUGAGGAGCCGGCGGGGAUGUGGACGGUGCUGUUCGGCUCGGCGGAGGUGUCCGAGACCGAAAUGGACGAGCUCUGCUACAGUUUACAGGUGUACCUGGGCCACGCGCUCGAUACGUGCGGCUGGAAGAUCCUGUCGCAGGUGCUGUUCACGGAAAACGACGACCCGGAUGAAUACUACGAGAGCCUGAGCGAGCUGAGGCAGUCCGGCUACGAGGAGGCUCUCAACCGUGCAAGGAAGCAUCUGCAAGAGUUGCUGGAGAAGCACAGGACCAUGGACAGUAUGGUGGAGCUGUUGGAGGUGUAUGAGGAGGAAGACCGGGCAUAUGGAGGCUUAUUGGAGGCCUCCACACAGCUGUACCAGUACCUGCUGCAGCCCUUCAGAGACAUGAGGGAACUAGCAAUGCUACGUAGACAACAGAUCAAGAUCUCCUUGGAGAAUGACUACUUGGGCCCGCGGCGGAUUGACGCUCUAAAAAAGGAGGACUCUGACUGGCAGAAGAAGGCUCAGGAGGCGGUCCUCAACAUCCAGGAGUUCACUGUCAAAUACUUUGAGAUCACUGCCAGAGCUCAGAAAGGGGUGUAUGAGCAUAUGAAGGUGGAUCAGCGUAAGUUUGGCAAGGCUGCGUGGACCGCAGCGGUGGAACGCAUGGAGAGGCUGCGCUACUCGGUCGCCAAGGAAACCCUCCAGCUCCAGAGAGCCAGAGAGAUCUGUCUGGAGCAGAGGAAGCACACACUGCGGGAGGAGAUGCAGAGUCUGUGUAGCAGUGAGGAUGCAAUGACCCGCUUAGACCACAUGGAGGCGCAGUACUAUGAGCUCCAGCUCCAUCUGUAUGACAUCCAGGCCGAGAUACUACAGUGUGAAGAGCUGCUUCUCACAGCUCAGCUGGACAGCAUACGCAGACAGAUGACAGAGCGUCAGGAUGAAGUGGUGUACUACGACACCUAUGAGAGUCCAGAUGCCAUCCGAGAAGACGAUGCUGCUGAGCGAGAGGAGCUGAGGAGACUUCAGGUCAGUGCGCGACAGCUAGAGGCCAGGAGGGGGCGCAUCACUGCCAAGCGCUCCUAUCUGAGGAACAAGAGGGAGAUCUGUGUGUCCAAUCACACGGCGAAGCAGCAGAAACGUCAAGCUGGCCAGAAGGACGUCACAUCACAGCAGAAGAAUGAGGAAGAGGAAGAUGAAGAGAGGAAGAACAGUCGAGUUAGUCAAGAGAGACAGAAAACUCUUGACAGACUACGCACUUUCAAACAGCGGUACCCAGGUCAGGUGAUCCUGAAGUCUACUCGUCUGCGUGUUGCUCACAGCAGAAGAAGAGAGCGAGGGAGGAGCGGGGAAAUGGGUGGAGGAAGGGAGAGAGAGGAGCGUGUGGACUCUGUUUGUGUCCAGAUGCAGGACCAGCCCGUGUGUCUGAGUACCAGCGUCCAGACAGACCCCAGCCCUAGUUCCACUCUCACCACCCAGCCAGCCGCUGCCCUUACAUCUUCCUUGCCUCCUCUACCUGUGCCCAGUCCCGUCGACUCCUCCUGCUCGCCCUGCUCGCUGCCAUCGCUGCUAGCAUCCCCUAUUUCGCCUCCUCCACCACCUCCCCCUCCGCCUCCUCCUCCGCCCAAGGAGGAGCCGUCACCCUCUGAGAGCCCGGGGCGGCAGAAGGCCGAGGGGAAGGGCCAGGCAGAAGAGCUCUCUCUCUCCCCGCUGGGCCCUUUCAUUCCUCGCUUCUUUGACAGCAGCCAACUGGUGAGCGCCAGGAAGAAGUUAAAGAAGACGCCCGUGUUGGAGGCCCACAGCAGGAGAGUGAGCUCACCCAUGGACGAGGUGCUGGCCUCCCUCAAGAGAGGCAGCUUCCAUUUGAGGAAGGUAGAGCAGCGCCCCCUGCCUCCAGCCAAGGGCGAUGACGACCCCAACAGCAUCCUGGCCCAGAUUCGCCGAGGCGUCAAGCUGAGGCGUGUGCCCCAGAAAAAGGGAAAGGAGGGAGAGCUCCCGCCCUCCACCGACCCUCUGACCAGGAGCAUCCAUGAGGCACUUCGACGUAUCAAAGAGGCCUCGCCGGAGUCCGACUCAGAUGACGACGGGCUGACCUGCCCAGACUGGGAGAGCUAGGGUUCCAGGCUCCCAAACAGCAAAUAACACACACUCACAGAUGCCUGCACCCUAUGGCACUGCACACAUUGUACUGUCCUAUGUACACACACACACACACACACAUAAAUGCACACAUGCACAUACACUCUCUCACUCACACUGACAAGCGCGCACAGCCCAGUCACAUGUACCCAAUGACUAUGCCAGGGCCUGAGUCAUACCGAAUCUUGUCACAAACUCACCAAAUGUUCCAACUGUCUAUGGUCAACCUGUUCAUUUGUUUUUCCACACUACAUUCACCAUGGUGAAGGACAUUGUUAGUGUUUAUUUCUACUGUACGUAACUGUGCUUUUAUGUCUAUAAUUAGACGAUAAUCAUACCAUUAUGAUCUUGAGUUUAUGAAAUCAAUUGUACUGUUUAAAAGCUCUACAUUGGCCCUGUGGGGCCGCAAUGACAUUCACAGACUAACAGCACACACACAUUUUACACCAACAUACUGCACUGAGUUAUUUGUGAAACUGAAUGCCUCAUACAAACGACUGCAGGUUUGUAAGGUGUGUUAGGUUCUCCCUUCAUUCUAAAAGGCAGUCCAAGAUUGAGAAACUAAUAUAUGAAAUGGGUGUGGUAUGUAAUUUGGUCUUAUUUCGGAAGUUGGAAAAAUGUAGGUUCCACCGAGAUUUGAACUCGGAUCGCUGGAUUCAGAGUCCAGAGUGCUAACCAUUACACCAUGGAACCCCGUGUCAGCUGGGGCAGCACAAUGUCAGUUUUACUCCUAACUAAGCAGUCUGACCUCAGGCUAUGCAAGGUUACAUAGCUGGUUUCCUCUUGCCACAUGUGGGUGUGGUGCUGGGGGAGAGUGUUGGGGGGUGGGUGCUGCUUUUCUAAUCUGACAAAUGAUAAAUCCUCCAGUGUAUGUCAAACCGGAUACUUGCCCUUCCCCCCUCCUGUCCUCUCCCUCAGCAAGCCUGUCACUGCUCCCAACCCCACCCCACAAUCACUCUCCCCUCCUCCCUUGCUCCCUCCCUCUGAAUGAGUGAAUAUGGAUUGGCUCAUUUCAUCUGUCUGAUUGCAGCAUAUGGCCAGGCUAGUGGGAGACAUGGAGAGUCACAGUGGGUUUAUCAUGUGGUGCCCUAAAUCUAACCAGAUCUCUGAACUGGAGCCGGUCAGCUAGAGGAGGAGAGGCUCAUGUGCGGAGCUACAGGGUUUGUUGAUGUUUUGUUAGCAAGGCAGGAGGGAGGAGAAAGCUGGUCACAUGUUUGUGUUGGUGAUUCCCGACGUUUGCAUGUGGUAUUGUCAUGUUAGAGCCGUGGUAGCAGUCACGCCUGUGUAAAUGAAGGCUGGUACGAGGGAGGCGAGAUUCUCUCAGGCCUGCAGGGACUGGCUGUGGGCUGUGGAGUAGGAGGUCCUGAUUGAUGCAGUUUCUUCUGCCUUUCUUUCUCUCCCCUCAGUGGGCAGAAGCACACAGUAGGAGGCCUGUUACUCACAACACUGGGAUAGCAAGCAUUCACGCACACACAUACACACACACACUCAUACUCAUAUACACUUGUCAUGUGAAAGUGAGUCCACACACUCCACCUUUUUAGCACUUUCAUGACGCACAAUACCCACAGUGUCAAAUUACAUGAUCUGUACAAAACUUUUUUGUUGUUUGUAUUUAUCACUGGUGAGGCAUUGUGUCUGUGAUAAUAGACAAAUAUGUUUAAGGGCACUGAGCAACAUAUAGAAUUGGACCUGAUAAAUUGUGACAGGAAUCUGUUUACACAGGAUGAAAUGAAACAGCAGGAGGCUGAUCACCACAGAAAUUCACACAAAUAUUCUUGUAUACAUGACGCAGAAAUAUGUGGAUUCAUAAACUGAGCUCUGAAAUUGAAAUAGCCAGAGCACACACUAUCAAACAACGAUGCAAUUAUUUGUGCUUUUUUCCACUUGUGUGUGUUCAGAUCCUGUUGCAAAACAAUGUUCAUUCACUGAUCUGAUUUAUCAUGAAGGAGACACUACAGUUGGAAGAGCAGGCAUGCAAAUAUAUGGCACACUGUACAGCUUGAACAUAGCUCAAUGUUAAAUAAAGUUUUUAAUAUCAUUUUCCUGGCAGAGCAAAUCUGAGGCACUUUUACAUAUUCUGGACUUGAACUCAACAUUGUGUGUCUCAGCCACUGGCAUUGUCAACACAAUGUUCUUCCAUGGUACCUUUGCCAUGUAGCACAAUCCAACCCUGACCUGACUCUAACUUGAACCAAACCAAGACCUUACUUGACUUGAUGCCACUGUAGUUGACCAUGGCAGAGUUUCCCCACAGCAUCUUAGUGCUGAGGUUUGCUUCAUUGAACAAUGACCAAAAUGUCCUCAGUAGUAAGACUGUUUCAGGAAGCUGGGCUCGGAGCAACAUGACAUCUUUGCCAUGAGCCAACCAUCACCUGACUGACGUUAGCAGCACACAAUCGUGUUUUACAUUGACCCUCAUCUAUAUAAUUAUCCGAAUGCAGCUUUUCAGCAAACUACUAUUUUGUGUUACAUUUCUUCACUUCAUUUGUAUCCUCUUUUUUCCAAAGUAUUUCCAGCCAAAACCUUUUGUGAUGUGUUUGCUUCUGAACAUUUGCUAUGUAGACCUGUUAGCCACACAGGCUGACUAUAUGACCCUCUGUCUGAAUAAGCCGGUCAGUCACUAGAAAAGUGCAGUAACACAGAUUGAUAAACAAAGCAAAAAGGAAAACAAAAAAAAAAACUACAUAAUCGGUGAUGAAUUCAGCUUGAUUACCUAAAACUAUGGACUUAUUAAACAUUGCAAUUGUUUUUACAUGUAGUGUAUAGAGAUACUAUUCCAAGAAUACCUUUUGCCUUUACUCCUGCCAUUUUCAUUUAUUCAUUUUCACCAUUUUCAGUUGUUUUUUUAAUUUACAACUUUGCCCCUGCAAUUGAAUAAAACCUUGUGAACCAAAUUCAUUAGUCGUUUGUUUCAUGUGUGUUGAUUUGAAAACAGAAAAAAAAACA